AUGAAAAGGCUUAACACCUACACGCAGGCCAGGAAGAGGACAACAAGGAUUUCUUUCAUAUCUCUAUCUAUAAAAAGCUGGAUGUGUCCUCUCUCGCCACCUUGCUGUCGGAUCUGCCCGUCCGUCUAUCUUCCUCGCCCCGUCCUGGCGCAUCUGCCCGCCUGUCUGUUUCCUCGACUCGUCCUGAUGCAUCUGCACGUCCGUCUGUUUCCCUCGCGCCGUCCUGGCGCAUAUGCCCGUCCGUCUGUCUCUCUCGCUCUACCCUGGAGUAUCUUCCCGUCCGUCUGUCUCCUUCGCCCCGUCCUGGCGCAUAUGCCCGUCCGUCUGUCUCCCUAUCCCCGUCCUGGAGUAUCAGCCCGACCGUCUGUCUACCUUGCCCUAUGCUGUAACAUCUGCCCAUCCGUCUAUCUCCCUCGCCCCGUCCUGGCGCAUCUGCCAGCCCGUUUGUUUCCUCGCCCCGUCCUGCUGCAUCUGCCCGUCUGUCUGUUUCCCUCGUCCCGUCCUGGCGUAUCUGCCCGUUUGUCAGUCUCCCUAGAACCGUCUUGUCGCAUCUACCCGUCCUUCUGUCUCCAUUUCCCUAUACUGUCGCAUCUGCCCGUCCGUCUGUCACCCUCGCCCGUCCUGGCGCAUCUGCCAGCCCGUUUGUUUCCUCGCCCCGUCCUGCUGCAUCUGCCCGUUCGUCUUUCUUCCUCGCCCCGUCCUGGCGCAUCUGCCCAUCCGUCUUUCUUCCUCGCCCCGUCUUGGCGCAUCUGCCCAUCCGUCUGUCUCCCUCGCCCCGUCCUGUUGCAUCUGCCCGUCCGUCUGUCUCCCUCACCUCGUCCUGGCGCAUCUUCCCGACCGAAUUCUGUAUCUGUCUAUUUCUCCCUCUCUUUCUAUCUGUCUAUUUCUCUCUCUCUCUCUCUCUCUCUCUCUCUCUCUCUCUCUCUCUCUCAACUCAAACGCACGGAAUGUAUUUUCCCCUGUGGUUAA